GUCUCAAGGUGAUGCAUUGAAGUGUAUAUACCUAAUGCCCAUUCACACCGACAAAACCAAAUCAUGACCGAUCAACGCUAUUACGUUCUUUCGAAUGGCAUAUCGUCAAUCGGUUAGGAGAUAAUUUCGUUGGUGUGAAAUAGGCAUGAGAUGAUUCAAAACUUUGCGAAAACCAUCAUCACCGAGUGUGCUUUAUUACAGAACCGAAAAGCUAAUAUGCUCAGGAGGAGACCCAUGUAUUCCUAUAACGUAUAAUGGAUUCAUUUAUCUUUUUCAUUCAAAACGUAACGAAGCGAGGGGAGUGCGGACAAGCCAAAUUACCACCGUCACCGAAAGCCAAUUUCGCGCGAUUUCGAUCUGUUGUAAUCACUUGGAAGCAUCUUUAAUAAAAAGAACCAAGACUAUAUUAUAUAGCUUGACGAGUUCACCGACGUUGAAAGAAAAUCGACCAUUAGCCAUCCCAACGAAGUGACGCGAAAACUGCCUUAGAUAUGAACUUGUUGACUCAGUGGAAUGAUUUCUCUUUUACUUUUCAUCUCCUCCCAAUUUGUCUCUGUGGAUUAUUUGAAAGGUCUUCAUAAUUUCGAGUUUGAGCUGUCAAUUGAUGAUUCUCCAUAGGAUAUGUGAUAUAACGGCAGAUAAUCUUGUGAUAUGAAUUUUUACCUAUUGUCGGCACGGACAGCGGAUGAGGGCGUGGAUUUACAUGCUCCAAAGCUGCUGUUGAUUAAAAUUACGCGACUCUUGAUUUUUUUAUUUGUAUGUAAUUAUGAUCGAGCUUCAUCUUUGAUGGAGAUGUUGCUGUAUGUUCUGCUGCUUUAGAACAAAGUUUGAUAUCAUGCUGUGAUAUACUUAUUUCAUAUCAGUGACAAUGCGACGAAAUAUGUCUCCUCCUAUGAACGAUACAUUUUCUAACGAUAAUAGAGGUGAUUCGGACAGACCGGAAGACGGCGACGGCAUCAACAAUAAUAUCGCUAUUUUUAUGACUUAUUACGUUCUUGUCAUCGUGAUCGGGAUACCGGGCAAUGCCAUUAUCCUGGCAAUAUACGGCAGGAAGAAACGGAAGACGAGCACGGACGUGCUGAUCAUCGGCCAGGGCAUCGUCGACUUCCUCGCUUGCGCUUUCACCCCUGCUUUCAUCGUGCGCUGUACUUUUUACUCGUUGGUGACGACUGGCCUUUGCCGCUUCGCCUACCUCGCCGAAACAUCGAGCGCCUUCACGUCGUUGUUCUUCACAACGGUCAUCAGCGUCGACCGGUACCUGGCGGUGUGUCGCCCUUUACGACGUCGCCUCACGAAGCGGUCUUCGGUUUUGACGUCGUUGGUCGUCGUCUGCCUCGGCAUCGGCAUCAACAUACCCGGGACGGUAUUCCAGGUUGUUCGCCCAGGAGCUGGAGAUGAUAAAUGUAUCCAGACGAUCUCGUAUUCGGCGACAUUGACGAUGUCGAUCAUAUUCGUGCUCCUAUUUGCGCUGUCGUUGAUGACGAGUUCGAUCAUGUAUGUGAUCAUCUAUGCUUUCCUCCAGAAGAGAGUAAAGAUUCACAAUAAACUCGUUGGCAACGAGGUACCCAUCGCUACGAUUCAACCAAGCAAUUGCAAAGACGAGAAGAGCAUAUCCACUGAUACUCCAAACUCCAUCGUCAAGAUAAACAGCAAGAGUCCCAUUGUCGAGAAUAUAUCAACUGAUAUCGCAUCAAUAAAACCAGACGACAAUCACCAUGACAACGUAACCAACUCUUCUAUUCAAUCUUUUCAACCGUUGACGCUGUCGAAUACCAGAUCGCCACCACCAAAGAGAAACAACCCUGAACCUGAUGACAGCACUCAAGCAGCCAUUCUCACACCCGAAAAUGACAAUUCAUCUUCAUUCAUCAACCGCCUUUGUUGCCGUCGUCAACGUCCGAAUCGUCCACGCGUUUCGAAGUCGAAGGAGUCGGACAUGGGUCGGAAGACAACGCGGAUGUUGCUCGUCAUCACUGUCUAUUUCUUCGUUACAUGGAUGCCCCAGAUUGUCUACAGUGUCCUCCCGAAGAACAUCAUUAUCACACUCGAUCGAAGUCGAGUUCUUGAUACGACCUUCGACAUCCUCACCGCUCUCCGUCUCACCAACCACAUCGUCAACGUGUUCGUCUAUUCCCUGAUCAACGAUGCAUUUAGGACUUCAUUACGGCAGAUGGUUUCUUGUAGGUGUAAAAAGUAGUAUCAAUGAUUAUAAAAGAAUAUUGCAAGCAUAUACCCUAUAUACUCAUAUAGUUUUAUUCGAACGUAACGACGCAUUUGGGACUUCAUUAUGGUAUCUUGUAUCACCCGGGAUUAUGAAACAAAUUAACGGACAUUUUUGUUCGGAAAAAAGAAAAAUGUAUCGCUUUGAAACUUUUCUUGUGACACUGUUCUUCGGGAUAUAUUUACAUGUAUAUAAUUAUAUUCUCUAAAAAAUGAUUUCCAGCAUUAUUCUGAUAUCGUUACAUGGUGAGAACUAUACAUCCCCAAACAUAUGCCACACUUUAGAC